AUGCAGGCCAAGGAAGAAAUGUUUCUCGAGGUAGAUAAUCCAUCUAUAUCCCUCUCUGAAUCUUGGCACCGUGUCCUUUAUACUCCACUCGAGAGGUACGAAUAUUUGGGAAAUUCAAAAUCGUAUAUAAGAUCCCUUCUAUGCUUUGAUUCAUCUGCUAAACUAGUUAACCUAAAGUGUAUUUGUACAAGUAGUUUCAAACUUCUCAAAGUGCUAUACAUAGACUCUCCUGGUUUAAAUGUGAUCUCAGAUAGUAUUGGGAAACUAUGUUCCUUGAAGUACUUAGGCAUAGGAUGGAAGACAUGUAUUAAGAAGUUUCCCCAUUCGAUAAGUCGUCUGCAAAACUUGGAAACAAUAGAUAUGCCCAUGUCUAGGUUUUAUUCUGUGAAAGUUCCUAAUGUCUUAUGGAAGUUAGAGAACUUACGGCAUAUACUUGGUUACAUAAAUUCCCCCAGCCUAUUGAAGAUUGACCUACCUAACAAUCUCCAAACUCUAGGCAGCAUACCUGUUCAUCACUGGAUGCACCAUAAAAACCUGACUAGAAUGACUCAGCUCCAAAAAGUUGGUUUUCUCAUUGGAAGUGCUGAUAACCUAGACAUGAAUCAAUUAUGUAAUUCACUUGCAGAGCUUAAGAGCCUUCAAUCCUUGUGUUUGGAAGUAGAGGGUAGCAGGAAAAUAUAUUUGGUUGCUGGUUUAUCUAAGUUGAGUCAUGUUGUCAAGCUUAAGUUGAAGGGAGGCUUAGCAUCAAUACCAGUUAAUUUUUGCGUAUUUCCACCUAAGCUUUGUCAGCUAACUUUGGUGAACACCAAUCUCCAUCCAGAGUCAAUUCAAGUGUUGGAGAAGUUAACCAACUUGUCAGUUCUAAAACUAGUUAAAGCUUUUGACCGAUAUGAUCAGCAAGAUGACAGUAUAACAAUAUCAGAGAAUGGGUUUCGUGGACUCAGGUUUUUCAGGAUGGAUCAACUAAUGUCUAUACAAGAGAUGAAGCUAGGGAAAGGUGCAAUGGCAGGACUCAAAUACCUGCAAAUCUUCAAAUGCUACUCGUUGAGUAGGCUCCCUGAAGAGUUGAUAUCAUUGAGUAACCUUGAGAAGCUGGAAAUUUGA